UCCCUCAAGACUGAACUCAACACACAUAAACCACCUUCCUCCCAAAAACCAUGGAAACUCAACUUCCCAUUUCCCUUUUUACCCUCCUAACCGCCACCCUCCUCCUCCCCUCUCCGGCCACCGCACGACAAAUCCCCACCAACGCAGACACCGCCUUCAUCCACUCCACCUGCCAAAAAAUCCAAACCUACCCCGACCUCUGCUCCCACUUACUCUCUCGCUACGCCACCCAAAUCCACCAAGACCCAUCAAAACUCGCCACCAUUGCCAUCUCCCUCAGCCUCGCAACCACCGAAACCAUGGCCAACUACGUCUCCACCAUCGGCAACCAAGCCGACUUCGGCUCCGAUCAGCGCGCCGCCGCCGCCGUCCAGCAAUGCUACUCGUCGUUCCGAGACGCCAUGGAUUCCAUGCAUGACUCGGUUGCGCUGAUGCGGGACCUCGGCUCGGCGCGCUCGUUCGAGUCGCUUAGGUUUAAGCUGAGUAGUGUGCAGACUUAUAUGAGCAGUGCUUUGACGUAUGAGGAGGAUUGUUUGGAUGUGUUUGAAGAUGUGAUGGAUGGAAAAAUUAAGAGACUUGUGCGAGAUAAGACGCAGAAGCUGGAGCGUGUGACUAGUGUUGCGCUUGCUUUGGUGAAUAGUUAUGUUGAGAAGGUAACUACGACACCGUAAAUAAUUAUGUAAUUUUUUACUGUUGUUGAUUAAGUGUAUUUAUGAUGGGGAGUAUGUUGUUUAGAGGUGGUGUAAUUUUUAUUAUUUAGGUUACGUCUGAGAAAAAUGAGUCUGAAUUAUGUGUAUCUAUAUAUAUCAUUUUAUACAAAUGGAAGGAGAGAGGAUUCUAUGCAUGUAA